AGGCAGGAACUACAACUCCCAGGGCCGCCUGGCUGCAGCAGGUGGGAGCGGGGCUGUUGAUAUCAAUAUGGCGGUUGUCAGCCAGACAAAGACAGUCAGUCUGAUGUGAUUGAGACAAGGGAGGUUUUCAGGGGGAGACUGGGAGAUAGGGGCCUCCCCUCCCCCUUCUCCUCUUCCUGUGCCGGCCUCAACCCCUCCCCAGUCCCCUCCCGACUGGCGCCCCACGCGGAAGACACCCCUCCCCCUCCCGCUUUCCCCUCCUCCCUGCCUCAGCCUUUCGUACUGGGACGUUGGGGAGGGGGCUGUGCCGGGCGGAGAGAACUCAGCAAGGAUUCUGAGAAUGAUAAAUAACGCUGAUCAUCUCUAGAAAGGAUAUUGAUUCACCUCAUGUAAAGUAUGCUCAGUUCCUUUCCAGUGGUUUUGCUGGAAACCAUGUCUCACUAUACAGAUGAACCCAGAUUUACCAUAGAGCAGAUAGAUCUGCUUCAGCGCCUUCGGCGUACUGGAAUGACUAAACAUGAAAUUCUCCAUGCCUUGGAAACGUUGGACCGUCUUGAUCAAGAGCAUAGUGACAAGUUUGGAAGAAGGUCCAGCUAUGGAGGAAGUUCUUAUGGGAAUAGUACCAACAAUGUUCCAGCAUCUUCCUCUACAGCUACAGCUUCCACACAGACCCAGCAUUCUGGAAUGUCCCCAUCACCCAGCAACAGUUAUGAUACCUCCCCACAGCCUUGCACUACCAAUCAAAAUGGGAGAGAGAAUAACGAGCGAUUAUCUACAUCCAAUGGAAAGAUGUCACCCACUCGCUACCAUGCAAACAGCAUGGGUCAGAGGUCAUACAGUUUUGAAGCCUCAGAAGAGGACCUAGAUGUAGAUGAUAAAGUGGAGGAGUUAAUGAGGAGGGACAGCAGUGUGAUAAAAGAGGAAAUCAAAGCCUUUCUUGCCAAUCGGAGGAUUUCCCAAGCAGUUGUUGCACAGGUAACAGGGAUCAGUCAGAGCCGGAUCUCUCAUUGGCUGUUGCAGCAGGGAUCAGACCUGAGCGAACAGAAGAAAAGAGCAUUUUACCGAUGGUAUCAACUUGAGAAGACAAACCCUGGGGCUACACUAAGUAUGAGACCAGCCCCCAUUCCAAUAGAGGACCCAGAAUGGAGACAAACACCUCCCCCAGUCUCUGCCACAUCUGGCACCUUCCGACUACGACGAGGGAGUCGAUUUACCUGGAGAAAGGAGUGCCUCGCUGUCAUGGAAAGUUACUUCAAUGAGAAUCAAUACCCAGAUGAAGCCAAGAGAGAAGAAAUUGCAAAUGCUUGCAAUGCAGUUAUACAGAAGCCAGGCAAAAAACUGUCAGAUCUGGAACGAGUUACCUCCCUGAAAGUAUAUAAUUGGUUUGCUAACAGACGGAAGGAGAUCAAGAGGAGAGCCAAUAUUGAAGCAGCAAUCCUGGAGAGUCAUGGGAUAGAUGUACAGAGUCCAGGAGGCCAUUCCAACAGUGAUGAUGUUGACGGAAAUGACUACUCAGAGCAGGAUACUUGGCAAGUACGCAAUGGGGAGGAGGAGGAGGGAAGAAGUUCAGAGGGAGGCAGAGAAGCAGAGAAGGAUGACAGCACUAGCCAUAGUGACCACCAAGACCCCAUCUCAUUAGCUGUGGAAAUGGCAGCAGUCAACCACACUAUCUUGGCCUUGGCCCGACAAGGAGCCAACGAAAUCAAGACAGAGGCCCUGGAUGACGACUGAUCAGGGAGGGUUGAACAUGAGAAGUUAACUUAGUUUAGACGUAGCACCUUAGCAGACUUUCCUCGGUCCUUAACAUGUGUUCUUACAGUAUAACUUGCAGUUUCUUGUAUGUCAGUUAGCCCUUAGGGUCUUGUUCUGUGAAGAUGGCAUGGUGCCCUCAGCCUUUGCAUAUACUCUCUCAGUAUUAAUUCCCAGUAAAUAAUAACCAACCAACCAACCAACCAAACUUCCCUCUCCCAGCCCCCGAGGCUAGAAAAUCUUGCUGCUCUGUCUUAGCAUUCCAAGAAAGUGCUUCCAGGUAUUUAGAUAGCCCUCAGUUCUCAAAUAAUAGGCUACGUGUAAAACCUUGGGUACCUUUAGAUUCCUGUAACACUAGUCUGUACCCUUUUCCUUCCCCAAGACUGAUAGGAUGCAAGCUGAGGUAGUGUGGCCCAGGAUUGACAGACACCAUUUGGGGAGUAUCUGCAGAGUAAAAGGAACACUAGAAUUCCCACUCAGCUUGGGAAUAAUUGAUUUCCAGCUGCAAUAAGCCGUGCCUCAUAAUAGUCACACUGUGGCUAGAUUAUACUUCUUUGGGUGCUGUGGAAAAAUGUGGAAUGUCCGUGGAAAAACUUGAUCUCAGAUUUUGGUUGAUGUUAACAUGCCUGACACAGACAUCCUUUCCUCUCACAAGCUGUGUGACUUAGUAGAUAAAAUACUGCCUUCUGCCUUUGGGACCAUGAUUCAAACACACAAAAAAACAAAAGUCAUUUAAAAAAACAAAACAAAACAAAACAAACCCAGCUUGAGAGCAUUGGAAAAAAAACAAAACAAAACAAAAAACAUGAGCUGAAUGUCUAAUGGAUGUUAAGUCCAGUUCUCAGAACCACUGUACGUUACGCGGCACAGGUAUGUGCCUGCCUGCAAAAGUGCUGGAGGUCAUCAUGGACGCUGCUUUGCCUCCUGUUUGUGUCCCCUUUCCCUGCUACCAAAAAAAAGUCUUUCAAGGAUGGAGCUAAGGUCACAAAUGAGUGAAUGAACUUCCAGUCUUUGUAUCCAUUAACUGAAGCCCCCUCAAUAUGAGAGGUUGAUAGAGGACUUUAUGGUGGGAUUAUGCUGACUGACUAUCACAAUUGCAAAUACUUUCCUAAAAAGGAGCAGAAAAAAGCAGGGGACAAUUGCCACUUGUGUGGUGUGUCUUCAAGAUACAACGUGAUGUGACUGCUUUGGUGUUCUCUUUACUCUGUCCUUGUAGAGGUGUGAAAAGCUAUAUUGCUACAGGCAAUUUAUUUAAUAAUUGGAAGCCAUAUUGAUAAUGGAUGUGGUAAUAUUUGUAAAGUUUAAUCUACUUUAAGCGGCAGUAACUAAUGGAAUUUUUUUCCUUGAUCACAUAUGUAGCACUUUUGUUACUUUUUAAAGAUAUUUAUAUUUGAUAAAUCUUUUUUUCAUUUUGAGAACUCAAAAUACCAAACAGUGAACUUGCGUUAUAAAGUCACCCUGUGAUCACCUUGUCAUCUAGUAGCAAAAUGAUGAACUAUUCAUGCAUCAAAGAAAAUUACAUCUGCUGGCCUUGUAUGAAAAUGAUCUCUUGGCAUCCCGAUUAAAUGACACACUGUCACUGUGGGGAAGAGGAAACAGCCUUCAAUGUAGCGGCGUAGGGUGCGUCUGAGGGAGGCAUGACUGCUGUGUAUUUUCUGCCUCGUUCCAUCUCCUUUCUAUGCACAGUGGAGCCUUGUUUAAAGGGGGAUUUGGGGCUGGCUGUUAACUGUCUUUUCGUCCAUUAUCUAAGAACAAUUUCUAAGAUGGAAGGAAGGCGCCAUUUCCUUACCUCUUCACCUCCAUGCCCCCACCAGAUGUAUUCAACCUAAAACCAUUGAGAAGAGAGUGAGACUGACCUUCUUUGUUUUUCCCUUUCUCAUUAGUAGAUAUUAAAUACCCACCAGUUUUUAGCUGGUCUGACUCCAUUUAAGGCAUAUGCUGACAAGGUCUUCUCCCUGUCUGUUCAUCCUGCCUAUGCCAGUGUGCGGAAGCCUUUAGAGGGCGUGAAAAUGCAACCUUAUAUGGGUCUGUGACUUUAAAGAGCUAAGGGCAGGGACUGGGCCUGCUCUAGUCUGUGGAUUUCAGGCAGAAAAUGUAUAUACUUCUUCCAGCUUCCAAGAAUUGGAGUAAAAUGGGGUAGUCUUUUCUGUUUUACUGUAUUACUUGAACCAACAGAUUCAAGAGUAGCAUUUGUUAUUCUCAGGAAUGAUCCCCCUGCUCAUUUUCUUUCUUGGUGUGUUUGAGUUUUUAUUUCAAUUAGGAGAUUAUGUUAUCUUUCUUUCCUUUUAUAUUACUUAGAAAAAAAAAUGUAACAUAUUGUAUCUUCCCGUUCCGGUGAAAUUUUGUCUGCUUAUUCUCAGUUGAAUCAGAAAGAAAAGAGAGGAAAAUAUACUGUCUGACAAGCCACAUCCAUGAUUUAUUGUAAGGAGAUUAUUAUAAUUGAUAGCUUCUUUAUGAUGGGAUUGCUAGUAUCAUUUGUUCUUGCUGGUCUUUUUAAAGAAACAGACUCAAACUGUUAAGACAGCUGCAGUUUCUAAAGAAAUACAGUGAUUGCCAGAGAAGAGCUAAAAGGUUUCAUUGUUUUAAGGCCUUAAGGAAAGAGAAAAGCUUCAGAGAAAAAAGGGGAGUCAGUAUCCAUGAAAGCAGUAGCGGGCCCUAUCUGGCAACCUGGAAAAAGUAAGAGCACAUGUCUACCAAUGCAAGAUAGCCUCAUAUUGGGUUCAGGAAGAAGGAAUCUUUCAUCCAGAAUUCUUCUUUUAAUUGAAGAAGACUGUUGGCCUGCUCUUAAGACCCGCUGCCUUACAUAUAACUUUUGCUUUUUCACCGAGAGCAAAAAUACAGUUCUUUGGGGCCUGGAUUUAAAUCUGCCAUUGUUUUUUUGUUUUUGUUUUUGUUUUGUUUUUGUCCCUGGGUUCAAUUCUGCUGUCUUGUCCAGUCUACCUUAGCUCUCAUAAUGGCACACAGAGUUGUCACUGUCUUAAUUUGUAGUAUCUUUGGAUGGUGAAUUUUUUUCUUAAAAAACCCUAAAUUCCUGUCUUACUGAAGGGAAAAGAGCCAGACUCAAAAAAAAAAAAAAAAAAAAAAAGAAAAAGAAAAAAAAAUCCCAUUACGUACUUUUGGGUUGAUCUACCCCUCUUUUCUUACUCCAUCCUGUACAUCCCUCAGGCCCCAGAGGACUGUUUCAGGACUGCUCUUCCCUAGUGAAGAAGACUAAAUAAAAGGGUGGGGUGGAAACCUUGUCAGCAGUUCUUAUAGGAACUUGUCUGUUAUUUUUUGAAAGACACUUUCAUUGAAUUACUAUAGUCACAUGGGUAAACUUCCUACUCUUACAACACAGCCUUACAAAGGGACCUUUUAAAGAUGGACCAUCUGAAUGAGAUUUCUGAUUUGCUGUUGAUAACCCUAAUGUGGGGUGAAGGCCAGCGAGGGCAAUACAGUAACACUCUUAGCUGAGACCUUCUGGUGUCAGUCAGUACCAAAUAGACACUUUGGUUUAUUUCAGCAAAGCUUGUAAUUGUUGAGUACCCCUUAGGGCAUUUCUUCACAGUCUCAGUCCUUUAAGUGGUUGAAAAGUGCAGUUACCUUCCACCUACCUAUGGGAUCUGUACAGUUCCCACACACUGUCUUUGGGUGGGCAGCCCCUCCCCCCACAUUCUCCUGUUCCUUCACAGGAAGAAAGUUCCUGGAACAGGAAGACCCCUUUAAGGUACCUUUCACUGAAGCUCAGUAGAGGUGACCACCUAAAAAGAUAUGGGUGAGGAAGCAGCUGCUCAUCAACAAUGUAGUAUGCAAAUCCAGUACUGUGGUUCCUGGUAGAUUUUCGAUGGCACGCAGUCCAGUAACCGAUACUACCGCUGUUGGGGCCAGAUAUCCACAUAUAUUUUUACCUCAAAGGGGACAACUCAUGAAGAGCUCGCUCAUACACUCAUUUCAGUUCUUUACAAACUUCCCUCCUGGACUCUAGCCAUCAAGCACCAAGUGUAAAUAGACUUAUUUCAUCAGGAAUCUCCAGUCACAUUCUCUCCCUCUGGGAACAGCUCCCCUUCCAUUUGCCUCUGGGCUCCAAUACUAAGGGCCUCAUCUUGAGCAGACAUCUUUGCUGGGAUUUUUAUCUUCCACAGAAGGCAGAGCAUGUGGGUGUGGUCCAUCUCUUCACACAAACACUCCUUUCUGUCUUGCAGGCCAUCUUUGUGACCAGCUACAUAUUCCACUGACCAGCUACAUUAUCUCUGCCCAUAACAGUGGAAAUAAUCCCUUUUUCACACACAGUCCUACCCAUCCUAAAAAUGUGAACUUCAAGUCCUUACUCUCUUGGUCCUAAGAAGGGUUUGGGUAGAAGCAGUCUUCCCAUGUAACUUCUAGCUCUGCCUUUUAAAAUUGCUUUUUGUCUUUUUUUGUUCAGAGAACAACAGGAGUAUUUUUCCCCAAUAAGUCUCAACAGAUUCUUAGGCAAUAAUUUUUCUUGUUAUUGAUGAUCUUGUGCUCAGUCGCACUCUACACUGAAUAGUCCUGACCCUUCACGUUGUGCGUUGGUUUUCUGUGUUAAUCUCUGUCCGUGAUUUAAAUCUUAGGUCAGAGUGGUGAUAGAUUUUGUCAUUUUGUUGUUGUGAUUAUUAGUAAUGUUUUACUACUGUAUUCACUGGGGCUGCAUUGAGACCAGCCAAAUCCAUUUAUAGCUUUACUGAGCCGGUUUUGUUUGUCAAGAUUUCCCAAGUGAAAGUUGGGCGCACUGACCAGCUGCUGGCUGACAGCGUCUUUCUGGAGCAUAGGGAUGGGGUGGGGGAUGCACUGGGGAAAGGGUGGGAAUUACACAUUUAAAACAUUCCUUUUUGUGUGCUCUCUAAAUAGCAAGGAUGUUUACUCAGGAUUCGGGUAUCAGUUGUCAGCCAUGUUGAAUUUGGCUGACUGAGCUGCCUGCCCGAAAACCUUCUUCCUGUUUCUUAAUUUCCAGACUAAUUUACAUUACUUCAGUAAUACCUAAGUUUUCCAGUUUGAAGGUAUUGUACCAUAAUGAGAACACAAGGUUUUCCCAGGGAGGCAACUAUGAAUGGCCAUGUUAUCUUGUAAGGAUUUCCCUAGUGGUAGCGUAUUGUCACAGUAGAGGCCCUUUCUUUUUCAGUACCGCACUCUCCUUCAUCACAUGCUCUUCUCUUCAAAAGAUGACUAUCACCUAAGAGGAAAGCUUUCUUUACCCCUCUAAGGAGAACUACCAUACUGAGAUGGUGGGAAAGACUUUUUAAAUACAUCGACCCCACAAGUUCCUUUUCCAGUCACAGAAACUCCUCUUAUAAACAGGUUAUGUUCAGAAAAGCUGUUCUUCAGUCUCUUUACUUAUAAGCUAGAAGUGAUAAGCGACUGCUUUUGUCAUCUUAAAGGACCAACGGUUGACUCACUUAUCUCUGAAGUGCAACUCUGUUCCUAUCUAUGGACAUUCGAAAGCUGGAAGUCUUGGUGGAGAUGAAAAGUAGCAGCAAAGAGAAAGCUAACGAUGUGAGAAAUCCAGUUUCCUAUAACACUAGUUUUCUUUUGUAAUUAAAAGGGGAGUACGUAGGGUGGAGAAGGGAGGGGAAAUCUGCUUGCACCAAAAGAUCUUGCACCCCGUGCUUAUCGUCACCCAGGGACCUUGAGGGUGUAGUAGAUGCUGUGGGUAACCAGUGUGCAGAACCCUGGACUUCUGUUUUAUCACGCUUCAUAGGACGCUUGGGGCCAAGCAUUGCGCAGAACUAAAUCUAACUGAUUCAAGUCAAGUCUAACUUCUGGCCGUCAGCCACCCGCGUUUCACGCCCGUUAUCUUGUUAGCCCUCGCAGCGCCCUGACAGCAAACAGGGAUGCAUCUGCAGGAGGCUCUGCCUUUCAGUCCUGACACCUUUUUUGCUUGACAAGUUUGGGAAUUGAUUUGCCCAUCUGGAUGGCAUGACUGUGCCUUCCAUGGGUGUCUGAGCCCCAAAGUGCAGUGGUGUGGGGCAGCUGUCGAGUGUGCCCUGUCACUAUGACUGCCACACGCUGACCUGAGCAGGGCGUGUGUGCCCGGCUCAGACAUCUUGGGAUGCCGCUCCCUUAACUCCAUUUUCAUUUUCUCUUUUAAUAAAAGUGGCUCUAUACAGCCAUAAUUAACUCUCAAAUUCACAUUGGUGUGCUGUGAUCUAAUGAAGGUUUGCCUGAAUCCUUUCAAAUUGUAACCAUGGUAAUUGAGGGGGGUGGCACAGAAUGAAUAUAUAAAAAUAUAACAAUUGUUCUGAA